AUGAUAAUUCUUAAUGAAAAUAUGAAAAGCAAAUUGGCGUUUCUGUCGCCUAUGGUGCCCUACGGCGUGUUUGAAUCUUGGGAGGACCUCAACCCCCGACUGUACCAUGCGGUCCACAUUUACUGGCUCAAGUUUUACGGCAUGUGGUUCAACCAUUUCUCGCCACAGAGUAUCAAGUUCUGGGUGCAGAUGAUGUACACGUUGAUCGUUUUAUGGCUUGUAUGUUUUUUCCCCGGUAUUGGAGAAGUCGUUUAUUUAUUGAGGCGCAGAGAAAAUAUUGGUGAUGUCGCCGAGGGUUUGUAUUUGUUUCUGAGUGAAAUGUACACCUACUUUAAAGUCGCCGUGUUCUGGCUGAACAGGAACAAAGUGAUCGAUCUUUUGAAGUAUUUGCAUUGCGAGGAAUUCAAGCCAAAGGAACCGGAGCACAGAGAUAUAAUAAUAAAAAGCAUUAAAAGUGCUCGCUUUGUGAUGACCUACUAUUCCACUAUGUGCGUCGGAGCAGUAUCAGUUGGAAUAAUAAUGCCUCUGACUGAAAACUUCGACAUUCUACCAACGAACGUGGAGUAUCCCUUCUUCAACGUCUACCAGACGCCAGCAUACGAGGCCGUCUACAUCCAUCACAUUUAUUACAAGCCAGCUACUUGUAUAAUUGAUGGAGUUAUGGACACAAUAUUGGCAGCUUUCGUCGCUUCAGCUAUUGGACAAAUAGAAAUAUUAGCCUUCAAUCUGCGAAACUUCGAACUUCUGGCUGAAAGACAACGCAAAAGGGACGUUGCUGAAAACAAGUAUAUUGAGGAAUAUAAACCACCGUACUACGUGCGUUCAGUACUGAAAGACUGUAUUGUACACCACAACUGCAUUAUAAGAUACGUGUCGAUGAUUGAGAGCGCUUUUAGUUUGGCGUCAGCUUUGCAGUUCAUGCUGAGCGUGAUGGUGCUUUGUUUGAUCGGCAUUCAGUUCCUGUCGAUCGAGAACCCAACAAGUCAUCCGAUGCAGAUAGCUUGGAUGGGCAUAUAUCUAACCUGCAUGCUGAUUGAAGUGUUCAUACUUUGCUGGUUCGGGGACGAACUGAUCUGGAAGAGUAUGGACUUAGCGAAAGCAGCUUUCGAAGGACCAUGGAUGAACAGUGACCGCAAGUCCAACAUGUUUAUCAUUAUAUUCCUGGAAAGAUGCAAACGACCCAUGAGGCUGACAGCUGGGAAGAUAUUCACUUUGUCACUCGACACCUAUACAGUUCUCAUCAACUGGUCGUACAAAGCCUUUGCUGUAAUGCGGAACAUGAAGAAAUGAAGAAAUAAAUGUUUAUUGCACAAUGUGAUUAAUUAAUCUGCUUACAAAGUCCAAAAUACAGCUUCAUGUAGUAAAGAAAUAAAAUAGUAAAAUGG